UAUUGUGUCUCGGGCCCUAAACAGUAUAAAAGGCGCAAAUGUCUAUCUCUCCCUCAUUAUAUGUAUUACAUUCCAAGCUGCAUUCCAUAUGCUCACGCAAGCACCAGCUUUCGCAAUGGCCCAGCAACGGGUUAUCAACCCCCGUCCAGCCCAACCUAUCCUCUGCUUCCCGCCUCGUGACGUUCCUAUUGAGGAUAUAUACUCUUAUACCAUUCCCAUCCCACCCGAGUAUUCCUCGGGGCAGGUAACGAAGGAAUACCAAGACUGGGAAGACAGUCAAUGGAUUCACGCUUCCAACCUCUCAAAGCACGGUGAUCCCACACGCACUGUCGUCACUUGUCCUAGGAGAAGCACAUCUGGGCACGGUGAUCACCUCUCUGUAAUCGUUGGUCCGCUCGUAAAGCAGGUUCCACAAAGAUGGCCUAGAAAGAUGUUUCGGCAUGAACGAUUCACGCCCUACCCUUUCUAUGCUGGUAAAGAUCCUCAUGCUAGAGACGCGGAGAUUGUUACUUGGAGAAAAAAGUUGCGUGCAAAGGCAGAAAGGAAGGAUGCGAGGGGAAGGCCGCUCACUUGGGUGCAAAUUGAGCCGCAAAAUGAUGGGGUGAUGAUAAGAUGGAGGAAUAGGCUUGGUGUGCGUAGCAGGAAGGAAGAAAAAUCGCAUUGCGACGUCUCAAGAAAGAGUGAUGAUACUUCCCCCAAUCCCAAGACCAACCUUCCUUCCCCUGCCAUUUCUCCUGCUACCGGAGAAUCGGUCAAAGCCGGUUCUCAUAUCUCUCCAUCCCUCAGUCCUACUGCCCGAAGGACACUACUUUCCCCUUGCUCAUCUCUUUCCACAUCCCCUUGCUCAUCUUCCGUACAUUCCUCGUCAUCCACAAUCUCAUUACAACCUCCCUCCACACCCACCGGCAUCUUAUCUCCAUCUCUUACCCCUUCAUCAUCCGCAGCACCGUCACCACUGCUUGCUCAUCCAUUAUCUCCGUCCAUCUCUGGACCUCCAUCUCUCAUUAUCCCAGCCAGCAUCCCAUCCUCUAUCCCUACUCCGUCCCCGUCCCCGUCUCCACCCCCCUUCCACCACUCUCUCACCUUCAUUAAACCCUUCGCCGCCCAAUCACCCACAGUCUCUUCCGAAAUGCAUCAACAACUCACAGAACUACUUGCAAAGAAAGACGAGCAGCUCACGCAGUGGGAGAAACUGAAGGAAGAGUUUCAUAAUGACCAUCAUAUGCUGAAGGCAUUUGAUAACCAAAUCAUUAGACUUUUAAAAGAGAUUGAGGAGAUAAAGCAGCUUCAGAGACGGACGUAGCGGUCGAGUUAAUCAGAUAGAAUGGAUACCAUCCCAAUAAUCAUUGGUUAUGGGAAUUAGUAUAGCGGGUAAUGUAUAACCUGAUCUGUAGACAAAUGUCGUCACAUAAAAGUCUCGAAGAUGUACAGCACGUAACAUUAACAUUUCCCUCUACUUUU